GAGACGAUCGGGCAACUAUCAUGCAACAAAAUACAGUAUUAGAAGUACUUCGCAAGUACGAUAGCAUGCCAUCAACCAUUCACUGAUUCUUUUGUUACCGCUGAACAAUAAAAGCUGUAAGCAACAACCAUCGCAAUCCACCUGCACCUAUUCCAGGUAGAUCGGGAGGAAAGCAACGCAACAAGACCGGAAGAGCAGCCAACAACAGCAGCUAACAACACGAUAGCAUCAUGGCGCGGCCGGCCGAGAAAGCCCGGGCGAUGCUCAACAAGUGGGUCAAGAUGCGGGAGGAAGGGAACGCCACGCCGAGCGUUCGCGGAGCCCGGCCGAAGCUGGCCUCGGAGUGCGAGCACCUGGGGGACGCCGAGUUCUACCGCACCCAGAUCAACAAGGAGAUCACGGGGAUGAUCGCCAAGAUCCAGAACCCGGCCCUGGGCGAGCACACGAUCCGGGACCUCAACGACGAGAUCAACCGCAAGUUCCGCGAGAAGCACCACUGGAACAAGCGAAUAUUUCAGCUCAGCAACGGGACGAUCGAUUACAACAAGCGCGAGAGAUCCGCCCGGAUCGAGGAGGGAGACGUCCAGUUCCUGGCGGUGACGAACAACGGAAGAAAACACGGGCCGACGUACCGGUAUUUUGGUGCCGCCAAGGACCUGCCGGGGGUCAAGGAGCUCCUCGAACAGCAGCAGGAGAAGAUGCGAGCGAUGAACCGCAAGAAACGAGGGCCGCACGAAAUCUAUAAGCACGUGGGGGUCGGGUAUUUUGGGUGGAGGGACGAGGAAGACGGGGUGCUUUUGGAGCUAGAGGAAGACGCUUUUCGGAACCACAAGAGGAACAAACAGCAGAAGACCGACGCGAAUGGUACCGGUGGGCCCGCCGUGCAAGUCACGGAAGUGGAUCUGGACAGGCUUCUCGAAAAGGACUACCUGGCGGACGUGCCGUCACAGGAAGAAAUGAAACAAAUCAUACUUGCCGAGAAGAAAAAGGCCUUGCUGGCAAGAUUUUCGGUGUAAUCCAUCGGCGAACGAUGCAAUAGGCGUGUUCCUCCUAACUACGACUGUUGUACAGGGAACUAUCCAUUAGAUGCGUAAAUGCUUUUCUUGUUGGCUUCGUUUUGGCACACUUUGUUUUUUGUCGUGAACAUCGUUGCGUUGCGUUGCACUGCACAAGAAUACUGCAAUUCGGAGUGUGCACGAUUGAUCAAAAACAGCUACGGAACUCUGCACUCGGCAGACGGAACAGAGUUGAUUCCAGUUUUCGAUUUGACAGCUAUAAAAGUUAAGUUACUGC